GCCUCUCCUUGGAGCCACCUCCAUUAAUUUUACAAGUAAUCGAAGACUGAUCUGACGAGCUUUGCUUAGGCUUCCUUGGACCACCCCUCGAUCACAUACACUUCAGCCUUUGGCAGCCAUGCAUGACCCAUUCGAAGUGAGAAUGCAAUUCCUCGGGCUCAUUCGCAAACUGAACGCCUCCCAACAAUCGAUACAAAAGGUCGUUGGAUUUGCCUUGAAGUAUUUUUCGAGAUGUGGGGAGGAUUUGUGGGAGUGCAUUAUCGAGGAGUGUCAGAAGGGCUCCAUCAAUCACCGCAUAAACAUUCUUUACUUUCUUGACUCCCUUUGCGAAACUUCGCUACUAGCGAAAGCACAUCAACUCCCAGAACAGUCAUCUUCAUCAAGUAAACAGGUCAACAACGCGUUGUACGUCGACUACGUCUCGCGGGAUCUGACACAGAUUGUGGAAUGCGUCGUGCCUGUGGGUAGGCAGGGGCUACCUAAUCUACCGAGUACAAAACAGAUCCUAGAAAACUGGCGCACAAAACGAACAAUAGAGCCACAAAAAGUGGACGAAGUCCUCUUGUUACUCUCUUCCAGAGACUCAGCACCAGACGCGACCUCGACAUCCGCUGUACCUUCAGCAGCAAAGUCUGAGCCCCACCUCUCUCGUGGUGAAAUAUUCAAGCGUAUCGAAGAGGACCGAGAGCGACAUAAACGCCUUCGAGAACGACGGUGGGUUCAGGCACAGCCUCACUCCGGGCCUGCAGUUCCUUCUUAUUCGACGUUCACACUUGCGAGUUUCUUACCGCUGAGCGACGCCGAAAACGCCGAGCUGGCGCUGGAUAUAGAGUUCGAGAAUGAGUGGGAAGCAACAAGCGAUUGGAAUGAGGAUGAUGUGGAAGCGACUGCGGAGGAGAGGGAGCUUUGUCAUCCGCAUUUGAGGCGGAAAGGAUUUCUGAAUGAUGAAGAUGAAGGAGAGCAGGAGAUGGAUAUAGAUAUGUCAUGAUGGCAUCAUCGUUUCAGUGAAGUAUCAGGCUGCCGAAUGUAGUUGAUGUUUCUAGACUGUCAUCAGGCAAGUCGUGAUAAAUGACUGGUGCUGUGCUAGAAUCCCUGAGAUUAUGAAUAUCUGUCAACUUUU